AUUAAUAAUGUACUGUUGGUAAUUCUUUUUGAUAUUAUUUUAUUUGUUAUUUUUCAUUAAAAAAAAAGUACAUGAAAUUUUCAGAGCUAAAGUUGUUGACCAUCAAGUAUAAUACCUGAAUGCAGAAUUGAUAUUAAGAAUACAUUUUAGCAGAUGCAGAAUUGAGAUCAAUAUGACCACUGACUUCUCUUUCAUAUAUGUGUGAAUUUCACGACUGAACUCACAAUUUUUUUUUGUAACCUAAUUUAUGAAAAUGUGAUUUUAUGACGACUAGUAAGAUUUUCACUGGUUUCAUAUCUUUUGAGUUUUCGUGUCAGAUCAACCCAAGCUUGAUGAAUGAUUUUCAUAAUACUGUAAUAAUAAAAUACAUUAAUGCUGUUUUAUAUUGACAGCCCGCACAUAUAGUAUAUAUUAUUUCAAUAUGUUUCGAUAUUGUGUAUCAAAGUCGCCCUUACUCAAAACAUGCAAAGGGCAAGCGCUUAGAAUAAUUGGAAUCCAGACUACUGUGAGAGAUGCGCAUUUCAAGUUUGUUGCUGAUCCACCAAAAAGAGAGUUUGGAGAGACACAAAAAAUGAACUUGUUUCAGUCUCUCACAAGUGCAAUGGAUAUUACAUUGGAAAAUGACCCGACCGCUUUGGUAUUUGGUGAAGAUGUGGCAUUCGGAGGUGUAUUUCGUUGUACAGUUGGUUUGGCUGACAAAUUUGGCGGCCACAGGGUGUUCAAUACUCCAUUGUGUGAGCAAGGCAUUGUUGGAUUUGCAAUUGGUGCGGCAAGUGCUGGUGCAACUACAAUAGCUGAGAUCCAAUUUGCGGAUUAUAUCUUCCCUGCAUUUGACCAGAUCGUCAACGAAGCGGCUAAAUACAGAUAUAGAUCUGGUGGUUUAUUUGAAUGUGGUAAACUCACCAUUCGUGCCCCAUGUUCGGCUGUGGGGCAUGGGGCUUUGUACCAUUCUCAAACCCCAGAAGCUUGUUUUGCUCAUGUUCCUGGCCUAAAAGUGGUCAUGCCAAGAAGUUGCAUUCAAGCUAAAGGUCUUCUACUUGCGUGCAUACAAGAUCCAAACCCAUGUAUAUUUUUAGAACCAAAAGUGCUUUACCGUUCUGCGGAAGAGGAAGUGCCAAUUGGAGAGUUUACAUUGCCAUUAGGAAAAGCAGAGGUUCUUAUUGAAGGAAGUGAUGUUACAUUAGUUGGAUAUGGCACACAGAUUCAUGUUUUGAAAGAGGUUGCACAAAUGGCUGGAGAAAAGCUCGGAGCAUCUUGUGAAGUGAUAGAUCUUGCAACAAUAUUACCUUGGGAUUCAGACACAGUAUGCAAAUCAGUUGAAAAAACUGGUAGAUUACUAGUUAGUCAUGAAGCUCCUUUAACUGCAGGUUUUGCAGGUGAAAUAGCCUCAACUGUGCAAAAAGAAUGUUUUUUGAAUCUUGAAUGUCCGAUUGAGAGAAUAUGUGGUUAUGAUACUCCAUUCCCUCACAUAUUUGAACCUUUUUAUAUGCCUGAUAAAUGGAGGUGUUUUGAGGCUAUAAAAAAGAUGAUGAACUAUUGAUUAAUAAGAGCAUUUUAUUGUGUUUUGAAUUGUGCGCAAUCCUUAUAAUUUCACGAUUCGUUUUCUCACUAAAAUACACAAUUCAUCUUGCCAAAAUUGAGCUUUGAAAUGUUCCAAUUGCAUUGUAACUUUCCAUUUACAGUCGAAAGUGCCAAUCCAUCCUUGAAGAAGUCAUAUUCACAUUUUUAAACUUUUGAUUGAUACUCCCCAAAUGAAUAAAAUCAUGUAAAAUGCUUUUGUGUACUCUGUCUGAAUUCAUUUUUGUUUUAUGAUGUCAUUUUAGAAUAUACCGUUUGCUAUUUUCACCUUUCCAUUGUAUUUUAGUUAUUAGGCAAAUUUAAAUAAACGUACUUUAUUGUGUUCUAUCCAUAUUGCUUAUUCAUUUAUUCUUAUUCCCGAUUUGUUUUUCUAAUAAUAUCUUGGGUUUUGAAGUUCAUAUGAACAAUUUAAUGUAGUGUGUUUAUGCUAUUAUUCCCGAUUUGUUUUUCCAAUAUCUUAGGUUUUGAAGUUCAUAUGAACGAUUUAAUGUAGUGUGUUUAUGCUAAUAUGUAUGGCUUAGUUUCAUUAACAUAAAAUUGUGGUUCAGGUUCCAAUUGUACUUAAAUCGAAAGUAAUCACCUUUUGCAUGGCAGCUCUGUUAGACUGUAGGGUGGCUUGCUUUACACCAACCACUUGCUUCAGCUUUAUAUCACUUGCCAGAAAAACAUUGAAGUAUGGCAGCUAUAUAAUCAAGCUCAUUUUAGUAUAAUACCAUGUAAUCCACUAAAGCUUUUAAAUUUUAAUUGCACUCAUCUUAAAAAUUUAAUCAGAUUACUUAUUUAAGGUUGCUUGAUAAUGUACUAUUCCACAAUAUAGAUGUUUCGGUUAUCUGCCUACUUAUUUUUUAGAAAUUGUUAUUAUUUUUGCUAUUUUGCCAGUCUCAAUUGUCCAGACACUAUUUUGAAAUAAAUAACUCAAUAAUGCUA